GCCAGCAGCUGAACCUUGUGUCAAAACAUAGGGGGAAAUCGGCAGCGGGCAGCAGAUCUGGGGCUAGCUUAAAUUUGCGUGGGAGUGUUUAUAAAACCAGAGUUAUCAAUAACGUACACGUACCAUGACCGAACAAUCAGCUCUACUUCUUCGAAAACAACUUGCAGAGCUCAACAAGAACCCUGUGGAGGGCUUUUCGGCAGGUCUAAUAGAUGACGACGACAUAUAUAAAUGGGAAGUUGUGAUCAUCGGUCCCCAAGAUACCCUUUUCGAAGGAGGUUUUUUUAAAGCGCAUUUAACCUUCCCGUAUGACUAUCCUCUUCGACCGCCAAAGAUGAAGCUCAUCACUGAAAUCUGGCACCCGAACGUUGCAAAAAAUGGGGAUGUGUGCAUCUCCAUUCUGCAUGAGCCCGGAGAGGAUAAGUUUGGCUAUGAGAAACCCGAAGAGCGCUGGCUACCCAUCCACACGGUUGAGACAAUCAUGAUUAGUGUCAUUUCCAUGUUGGCAGACCCCAACAGCGAUUCGCCAGCUAAUGUAGAUGCUGCGAAAGAGUGGCGGGAGGACCCGAACGGUGAAUUCAAGAGAAAAGUGGCUCGUUGUGUAAGAAAAAGUCAAGAGAUGGCCUAUGACUAGAAGCGUUAUGAAGUCCAGGGAAAACCCUCCAGAGGGAAAUGUUCCGACUUGUGUACCCCUUGUUUUGCAAGACAAAAGGACUUGGUUGACCUUCAACCUGGUUUCUGCAAUCGUUUGUCACAAGAAGAGCAAAUUUGAGAACACUACCAGCGAAAUUCCCUUUCUUCCUACCUGGAAUUGUAUAUUUAAUUUUAUUUAUUUUGGAAAACUAAUGAUGUAAAAUAUGUCACUACUGUAAAUGAACUUGCUUUUUUUAAUCAGCUGCUGAACAGUUUCUACUUUAUACGACCAGGUUUCUUAUGCAAUUUAGUGGUGGAUUGAGUCGAACAAAUGAAAUCCUUUACGUCACUCCCUUGCCCAAUCAGCUACAUACUGUACAAGUCAGCCCAUCAUAAAUGUGAUGGUGGUUUUCAACACCGUCAUUGAUUCUCUGUUGCCUUUUAUUGGCUUAACUUCUUUUAAAAAGCGAUCAUAUUUUUUGUGGCACUUAAACACCUUUUUUUUUUUUUUGCCACCUACUAGCGUUUGCUAUCUAUGCGAGGGUCUAGCAAUGGCUCAAACGUGCAUGAUCCCUUUAAACUCUCUUGUUGCAAUUUGUUGUGGUGAACGGAAUGGCUUACUCUGCUUUGGGAGCCACCAUUCCCUCAUAUAUUGACUUGCACAUGCAUGGUGAACAUUAACACGAGGUUUGUGCCAACUUCUCAGGAUUAAAUUUGUAAUGUUGCAAUUGGUGGGAUGGACUUCCUCAUGGCCGUUCUUAGUCAAUUAAGAUUUCUUUCAACUACCGCAACCAAAAACGAUCCAUAGAGGAAGGUUUGAGAAAGGUCUUCAAGCUGUGAUAAUUCUUGUGCGUUUUGCUGUGACAUCUGAAUUUACCUCAAUUUGGUUGUCGAGUUCUCAAUGCGGGGAUGUUUCGGGGCUCAAUUGUUGACUCGGAUUAGCUGUUAGUAUGUUGUUGCACAUCGGGUGUUCUCUGUGGGUAAUAUGUUUCAUAUUUGUUUGGGUUUAGAAAUGUUGAUGACUGUAGGUAGAUUGACAGGUUACACCUUCCAUCUUCAUUUUAUUCCCGGUGCACAUUUAGCCAACAUGUAUCACGUUAAGGGUAGGAUCUGGGCUGGGUUUUUUUUUUUCUCGUGUGAAGUUGACACAAACACUUUGUCAUUGGAUAAAGACACCAUCCUGUUUACUCCUUUUACUUUGAAAACAAACAAAAAAAACUGCAAAAUAAUAAACUUGCCAAUGACUAAGCCAUGGCAUCAAUACCAAUAUGAACUGAUUUGUAACACAUCCAAGCAGAGUUGAAUGAGUUGAUCAUGUCACUGCUGUCAAUGUUUUACGUCAGAAUUUUCUGACCUACUCCGACCGGUGUUCACUGUAUUUGCACAGAUUUGGUGCGUCCUUCAAAUGUCAUCAAGCAAUACGUGUAGAAAAUGGUGUCCAGGUAAUCCACCCUCUAACGUUGCUACUACUUGUUUUGUUUUCCAUUUUGUGUCAAUGCAAUGUAUAUUGGACAUGAUGCUCAAUAAAAUAUGGAAAAUGA